AUGUCUCGUCAUCGCAGGCGUCUUUGCUGGGUAAUGUCUCGUGGCUUGCACUCUAAUAGCGGCAGCUGAGUGAGGCUUUCGUCGACGCGCGGCUGGAAGGUCGCCGGCUUACUUCGUACUUACAUCCCACAUCACGAGCCAACAAACAAUACGCCCCCUCAACUUCCAUGUUUCUUUACGGCGGCGCCCGCAUGUGCGAGAGGCUCUAAAAGCUUGACUGCCUUUUCUUCUUCAUUAGAGAUCCGUGGAAGGUUACAUGCCUCCUAUUGACAUUAGACGCGGACCAUGGCAGAUCCGCCGCCGUUCUUGCGGAUCCCCCGCGCGAUCCGCCUCAUGAUGUACGAGCAUCUGCUGGAUGUUCACGACAGCAAGACUCUCAACUUCCGCAACCACUACCUACUUCCUCUGCCAAAGUCAAUACAUGGCGACCAACGAAUGAGGCGGUCCAUCUAUAAUGCACUGGAGCCGACGCUGGGGAGGCGUGCGUGCAAGGCGACCUACGUCCUCGCCGACGCCUGCGACAUCCACGUGGCCAUCCUGGCCGUAAGUCGACAGGUCCGGUCCGAGGCACUGGCGCUGCUGUACGCCAAGCAUACGUUCCACUUCGGCGGCGACAUCGAGGCCGCCAUCCACAUGCUCGGCGAUCUCUCGACCACGACGAGAGGCGUGGUGCGGGACAUUGCCCUCCGCAAGGGCUGCCCCACGACCUUUAUCGGCAACGACUAUCCGAGCCGGGCGUCCGCGUGCGGUCUCCUGCGGACGCUGCCGCGGCUCAGGAAGCUGAGCAUCGUCGUCGGGGGCGGACGGCCUCGCUCGCCGUGGGACGGCCCGAGGGAGCUGAGCGUGUCGGACCUGCGGCUGCUGUCUGAUACGCGGCACGAGCUCCUGCAAUGGGUCAGGGACCUGGUGGGCCUGGAGAGCCUCGAGGUGCUGGAGAUGUCGGCGGACCUGGCGCCGAUGGCGCCGCCGGGGACGUCGGCCAUACUCAUCUUUGCGGCGUUUUCGGGGUCGAUUGAGACGACGCUCGUCGACUUUAUGCGAUUGCACCUCGGCAUGCCCGCCGUGGCCGUGUCGGGUUCCAAGACGAAUCUGUCACAAUGACGGGGAUUACGGGACGAGGGCAACCGAUGCCCGAUGAAUUUUUGCAAACCAUGUCGAGGCGAGACUCGUCGUCAAUCCACGUGUGGCGUGGCUAGCUGUCGAGACAUUGGCCCGUUGCCAGGGUCUGUCAGUCUGCAGGGCGUUUGGUUUGGCGUGGUGCACGGCGCAAGCG